AUUCAAGUGUCACAUUUCGAUUUCGAUUUGCUUCGUUUGAGAGCGCUGGAGGGAUGGUUUUUUUUGAACAGCUAUUAGUAUUGUCUAGAACUAGUAGAAGCCGACGGCAAGCCUUAUGAUUUGUUUGUGCAGUAAGCAAGUGGAAGGUUUGAUUGGAUUUAUCUAUUCAGAACGCUGACAGUCCCUUAUGGGAUGCACGAACGUUUCUUUCUACAUUUCUACUGGAGUCUGAACAUUGUUGAGCAGUGCACCGUGCAAAUUGUUUGCUGAAAGAAUGCCUGGAUCAUACAAACCGUCCACCAAGGACAUAAAACAGUUUAUAGCAGUGACUGGAGUUAAACGCGAUGCUGCAGUCUUGAUGCUGGAGGCAUGCAAUGGAAACGUGGAAUUAGCUAUUCAGUUGCAAUUGGACUCAGGUGGAAAUGAUCCCAGUGCUAGCAAUGGCACUGCCUCACGCUCCGCGCAGUCAGCGAGCAGCAGUAGUAGCAGCAGUGGCAGAUCUCAUGCUCAAGCAACUGCUUCUACACAACCGGCUGCUGAUUUGGACGAGGAUGGGAUCCGCGCUCCUAUCCCAGCCAGACGAGAAGUGCUGGUCGGCAAUCCUGGUCUUCUACCUGCUCGACGCAGGACGAGGGUGAAUGCCAACAACCCGUUCAAUCACAUGCGAGAUUUCCAAGCAGAGGGAUUGUUGAACGUUGAUGGCGUAGGACCAAGAGGCAACGGCACCGAUAGCGGGAUUGGUAACCUGUCACAUCUGUUCCGGCCGCCGGUUGAUAUCAUGUUCCGCGGUUCACUGGAGGCGGCUAGAGAAGCUGGCUCAGCAGCUGGCAAGUGGAUUCUCGUCGAUAUCCACGAUCCACAGGUCUUCGAGUGCCAGAAGCUCAACCGGGACCUGUGGCGACACAAGGACGUGCGGUGCAUCCUGGAAGAUAGCUUUGUCUUCUGGCAGGUGCAAGCUGAUAGCAUUGAUGGUCGCCGCUUCCAGCAGUUCUACACCUUUGGAGAAUGCCCGCAAAUUGCUUUUCUGGACCCGCGGACAGGAGAAAGACUGGAGCAUUUUGGCUUUAUGGAGCACGCCGAGUUUUGUAGGCGAGCAGAGGACUUCCUCUCGCGCCAUGCUCUUCCUAUCUAUGGGCUAGAGCCUGAGGCACGGACUACCGUUGCCCGUGGCUCAACAGUAGGUCAAUCCAGCGCAGCAUGCAGUACUCAGCAACGCUCAAGCUCAAGGCGUCCAAAGCGUGUUGGCGACGUGGAGGAGGCAGCAGAGAUGGCUUCUGCCAUUGCCGCUUCCAUAGUUGCGUCGUCGGGCGAGAAGUGUGAAAACGACCGCUCAUCGCCAGCAACGUCCAGUAUGGAGUCGUCUGCUGAUGAAGAUACCAAUCAUCGCGCUCAGUGCGUUGCCACAACCAGAGCUUCUCUGCGAAGCAGCCGCUCUAAACGGUCACGGGCUCUUCGUAUCUCCAGUGAUGAAGAGGACAGCAGUAGUGUUGUGUCUAGUAGACCUAGAACACGCGGUAAACGAAGGGCGCAAUCUCCUUCUCCGCCCGGCUCACCGAGCAGUGCAGCGCCAUCAAACAUACCCAGCACAGUUGGCAGAGCCAAGAAGCUAAAGAAGGUCCAGUUGGAUUCCAGCGUCAGCAGCGCCACCAAGGCGUUAGCAGCGGCGUCCGUUCAGGAGGCUCACGGCGGCAACCGGGCAACUGCUGCGACCACUGCACCCAGCCUGGACGCUACGCUGUCUGAUUCCCAACUGGCGGCAAGUGCUCAGGAUGAGUCCAUCGACACCAUGUCAAACUCCGUCCCGGAUGAUAUUCAGCCACCGCCGCCGCCACCUCCUGACUGGGUGUGUCAACCCGGUGAAAAGUCUAUUCGUCUUCUCAUGCGAUUGCCAGACGGCAGCCGGCACUACUGUGAACCACCUUCGUCAUCUACUCUCGCGGGUUUAGUUCAGUACAUGGCCCACCUGGGUUUCCCUGCGUCACGCCAUUCUCUUAUGACCCCCUUUCCGCGAAGACAGCUCACCGACUUUGAGCAAGACAGCACUUUAGAAAGCCUCGGCUUCUUUCCCACUGCAACCCUCUGUGUCGAGGAGUUGGACUAAGAUGGUUUAUUCGGACAUUUGCACUUCAUUGCUUGUUCUCUGCCGCUGUGGUGUUGGCUCUGUAAAGUGUUGCAGGUGUUGUCUUUGCACAUACGCCCCUCUUUCUCUCUUUCCGAAAACAAAACAGUCCCUUCUCCCUUUUCUCUUCCUCCCUGUUCUGGUGUUGGUUCGUUUGUUUGAUUGCCAGCACGUGUCUGUUUGGAUUCCUUCUUUGUGUUGUGUUGAAACGCGGCGGUGACCAACAGCUGCACUUUGUCGGCGAUGGGAAUGAAUCAUUCAAUGGUAUAUUUACUUCUUUGCUGAAUUGUCCCAAGUCGAUGAGUUUGCCAGGUAUCAUCGGUCCUAUGCUCUCAUAGCCUACCUGUCAGCUAUAGUGUUUUACUCCUAGUCUCUGCGGGGCAGUCUGGCACACUGCAAAGCUGCCAGUGACCAAGCAUUGUUCUGGUUUCGUUUUGGCUGCUUGCGUCGUAUUAUUCGUUGUGAGAACCAGUUAGUGGGUCUGUGCUCUUGGUAAGAACUGCAUUGCAUGACGUAGCCGGUUUUUUUUCUUUCAAUUAUGCGUGUCUAGCCUUCCUGCCAGCUUAUGCCUGUGUUCUGGAUUUACGCACAAUUGGAUAGCAGCCACUACAAGCAACUGCUUUUACUCAGGGGCUUUUUUACCCACCCGACAUAGAUUAUACUCCACACACUCUGUGCUGAUUUCGUAGCACAAUCAUGGUGUCUAUAUUAUAACUCUAGCUUUUCAAUAAGACUUCAUCUACCCCUAUCACAAACUUACCCUUGCAAUCUUCUGUGCUGUUGCUGUUCUAAUUACUAUCCGCUAGCCAUGAUUGCAAGAAGUGCUGCUUUCUUCUUCUUCUUUUUUUAUUACCUUGUCUGUGUUAUCAUGACCUGUCAA